AUGCAGCCGACGAGCUUCUUCACGCUCGCCUUUGCUGCACUAGCGGCAGCGGCUCCACCUCUUAUGGAUGUACUCAAGAGCAAUAAUGAUACCUUGAGUACUCUGACCUCACUUCUGGCGAUGGUUCCAGCACUGAACCAGACCCUCGUUAAAGCCAAGGACGUCACCAUUCUCGCUCCCUCCAACGAUGCCUUCGUCAAGAUGAUGCAGAUGGACCCUACGUUUGCCCAAAAGGCGACCAACGCAACCUUCCUCGCCGAUCUCCUAAGCUACCACGUCGUCAGCGGCAAGACCACGGCCACCAUGUUUUUCGAACAGCCCAAGUUCGCCCAGACCCUCCUCGAGAUGCCCACCGCCAACGUCACGGGUAACCAAAAGGUCGAGCUUGUCAGGAAGGGUGACCAGGGCAGGGUAUUCAGCGGCUACAAGCAGAUGAGCGUCAUCACAAAAGCCGACGUCGCCUUCCAGAACGGCGUACUUCACAUCAUCGAUACCGUCUUGACGUUCCCCGGAUCCCCCGCCGACACGGCUAUGAACACGGGCCUCACGAGCAUGGCGGGCGCGUUGAUAAAAGCUGGGUUGGUCGAUGGUGUCAACUCUUUGCAGGCCGCGACUGUCUUUGCACCGACGAAUGCUGCGUUCCAGGCUAUUGGGGCUACGGUCGCGUCGAUGGAACCUGCGGAUCUUGCUAGGAUUCUACAGUAUCACGUUCUCAUGAACCAGGUCCGGUUCACCACAGGAGUGGCGACCAAGAUGGGAUAUAAGAGUCUGAUGGGCGAGAAGGUUUCGCUGCGGAAGGAGGAUACUACCGUCUUUGCCAACUCUGCCAAGGUUACUAUCAAGGAUAUCAUUACCAGCGACGGUGUUAUGCACGUCAUUGACAGUGUCCUCAACCCAGCAUCACCCAAGUUGAGCCCAGGAACCUCAACGGCUGCCUUCCCCGGAGCAGUUCAAGCUGCCAAUGCCCCCUUCACUGACGGUGUCAAGCCGACUGCGAAUUUCACUCCGGCUGGGGCGAGUUCGAGAAGUUUUGAUGCCUCGCUCAAGUUUGCUAUGAUGGGGUUCAUGGGCUCUCUGGCUGUUGCGUACCUCCUCCAAAUGUGGCUCAUCAACACGUCAUCCCACAACCUUGAGGAGUUCAUCGGCAGAGACAUACCACCCUACGCAAUCCUUUCGCACACAUGGGGAAAGGAUGAAGUGACAUUCCAGGAUAUGAAGGAUCCAAGGUUCUUAGUUCGGGAACAGACUAUCAGGAAGGCCGGCUUCGUCAAGAUCGCAAAAGCCUGCGGGCUAGCUCAACAACAAGAGCUGCAGUACGCGUGGGUCGACACGUGUUGCAUCGACAAGUCAAGCAGUGCUGAGCUGACGGAGGCCAUCAACUCAAUGUUCAAGUGGUAUCAGCGAGCAGCCAUCUGUUAUGCCUGGUUAUCUGACCUGGACCCCUCCGCCGACAUUGACAGCGACUUCGACGGUAGUGGAGACUUGGGUCAAUGUCGCUGGUUCACGCGGGGCUGGACCCUCCAAGAACUCAUCGCGCCCAAGGAAGUCGAAUUCUACGACCGAGACUGGAACCUCGUCGGCUGCAAAAGUGGUCUUGUCGACCAGCUCCACGCUAUAACAGCCAUCGCCAAAGAUGUCCUCGGCAACCGCCAUCGCGCUUUGUUGCACACCUGCGUCGCCGAGAAGAUGUCCUGGGCCGCAGGGCGGGAGACAACACGUGUCGAGGACGCCGCGUACUGUCUUAUGGGCAUAUUCGGUAUCAAUAUGCCUCUCUUUUACGGUGAAGAAGAGAAGGCAUUUCAAAGACUCCAGAAUGAGAUUCUGCGCGAGAGCGACGAUGUGACGAUCUUUGCAUGGGAGAGAGCCCGACAUAGACCGCCGCCAGAUCAGUGCUUCUUUGACAACGGCCGGAAUUUCGGCGGCGUGCUCGCCGAAUCCGCAGACGACUUUGCCGUUCACCGCCAUCAAAGAAAGAUCUAUCCGCCGCCUAUCAGGCGACCGACGCUUGAGUUGACGAAGAAUUGCAUCAAAAUUUACACCGAGCUCGUCUGGGAAGAAGCGCCCGAAGUCAGCGGACGCCGUUAUUACAUACACUGUGGCUCUCGUGGCGAGAAACACGUUGCUAUCCGCCUCGUUAAAGUCGUAGGCGGCUCCUUUAUACGAGAGGCUCUGGAUCAAUGCGCCUCAACUUGCAUUUUCCACAUAGACGCCCAGCGCCGACGAGAGUUCAGCCUGCUCGUCAAUACCUCGAGCUAUCCAAUUCGCCUACUCAGCCACGGCGGAUGGGACCUGGUCAAAAUGAAAUUCCGUUGCCCCAAAAAUAUGAAGGUCGCAGAGGCCUGGCCAUGGUCGAAGUGGCACGAUGAGGAACUGGAAUUCGUGGCGUACCCGACGCGUCUUUGCGGGUCUAUCCUCUUUCACGUUUACCACGCAGUCCCCUCUACAAACCACGAGGCGAUCCCCCGCGGAGACUGCAGGACAGAUAUUGUCUUCAUUUUCAACCCGCACGAGAUUCACAGUGACAUCCAGGAAGUGAAGGGAACCCUCCUUGAGAGAUACGGUGAAUUUCAGGCAAAAGUGGACCAUGUUCACUCUUUUCUGAAUUCCGAGGAGCCUGAUAAUUUGGGCUUUAAUGACCUUCUCACGCAAAUUGGCUUACCCACGUCCAGUAAGGUUGCAUUCGACUUGGGAACGUCAAAGCGGUCUGCUGUACUGUCAUUCACCUCGAAGAAGCUUACAGUUCCCGUGAUAGGCUCGACCUCCCCAGCCUGGGAAAUCACGUUCGAGAUGAACGAGACUAAAAGAUUCAGCGGAUCAGUAAAGCACAAGAAGUGGCAAGCCGAUUAUUGA